AUGUCAUCCUCUGUUCACUUCAAGUUCAAGUCUCAAAAAGAACCCUCAAGGGUGACUUUCGAUGGCACCGGUAUUUCUGUCUUCGAAUUGAAGCGGGAAAUCAUCAAUCAAAGUAGAUUGGGUGACGGGACUGACUUCGAGCUAUCUAUUUAUAAUGAAGAUACUGGUGAAGAAUACGAUGAUGAUACUAGUGUCAUACCGCGCUCUACUUCCGUUAUUGCACGACGGCUUCCAGCAUCACGACCAGGCAAGGGUGGUGCUGCUCGCUAUGUGUCUGGCAAGAUGCCAGUGAAUGCCCGCAGUGUGCCCCGUAAUGAGCAAUCGACGUCAAAUCGAACAGUUUCAAAUCCAACCCAACCAGUCAGCAAUGGCGUACAGGAGUUGCAUAAUGCUCAAACGGAGGAAGAGAAAAUCAAUGCUCUUUUCAACCUGCAAGCGAACCAAUGGAGAGAGCAACAGCAAGAGAUGGCUAACGCUACCCCUGUCCCAUUCGGGCGUGGUAGAGGUAAACCUGUAAAUGUCCCAGAUCAUCCUCCCCCGCCUGGGUAUCUCUGCUACCGUUGCCGUGAAAAGGGACAUUGGAUUCAAGCCUGCCCCACGAACAAUGACCCAAAAUUUGACGGCAAAUACAGAGUGAAGCGAUCCACAGGGAUCCCGCGGUCUUUACAGACCAAAGUUGAGAAGCCAGAGUCUCUCCUGAUUGACGGGUCCACUGAGGAUCUUCGGAACACCGGCGUUAUGGUCAACGCUGAUGGAGACUUUAUUAUUACUAAACCAGACCAGGCAUCCUGGGAAUUAUAUCAAGAGAAGGUUAAGGCAACCGCAGCGGCGGCGGCUGAAGCGGCGGCUGCUGAACACAGCAAGGAGCUACAGGCUCGCGGGUUAGAGUGCCCAAUUGACAAGCGAAUGUUUCUAGAGCCCACACAAACGCCCUGCUGUCAGAAGACUUACUGCAAUGAUUGUAUUACAAAUGCAUUGAUUGAAAGUGAUUUUGUAUGCCCAGGCUGCGGUACAGAGGGAGUUUUACUUGAUAAUCUCUCCGCCAAUGAUGAGAUGCUCUCAAAGAUUAAAGCCUACGAGACAGAAAAAGCAGAUUCGAAGAAAGAAAAGGAAAAACAACUAACGCCGACGGAGGUCCAACCGGACAAUAACACGCCAGUUCAUAUUAGUGACACUACAGAGAGAAAAGGUGAUUCCCGAUCGGCACCAGUUGACUCCAAGAAAAGACCUGCUGAGGAUGACCCUGUCACUGGGACUAGCGAAGAACCAGGCUCGGGUUCGUCCAAUAAAAAGCAAAGGUCGCAAGAUGCCCAGUCGUCCACUGAGACAUCCGAGCCACGAACGGAAAACACAUCAACCACUUUUCAACCAUUGCCUUUCAAUCCGCAGAUGUCCUUCGGCAUGCCCGGGUUCAUGCCAGGUCCAGGUUUACCGGGCAUGCCUUUCCCCGACGCCGCAUUCGGGGGCGAAGGAAUGGGAUUUAUGAAUCCCAUGGGAUUGCCCGCUGGGCCCGGCUUCCCGCCCAAUAUGGAUCACAACUGGAACCCUUUGAAUAUGUUGAAUUUCAAUCCGCUUUCGAACGGGAUGUACAACAACCGUCCGAAUGGCCCUUUCCUUAACGGCUUUGGGGCGCCCAAUGCGUACAAUGGCACAGGUGACCAAUCAAUGAACAUGCUCGCCAUGCCUCCAAUCUCGGGGCCGAUGGCACAGAAUCCUGGAUUCGGGCAGGGAAUGGGGGCUGGCAAUUUCUCCAACCAGCAACGGACGGCAUUCAGUACUCCCUUUGCUAGGGAGGAGGAUUCCCCGUACUUCCGCCAGCCAGUGAAUCCCCAGAGACAUCAAGCUAGAAAUCGAAGGAUAAGACCAAGCGACUAUCGGGAGCUUUAA